AUGGCCUCCUUCAACCCCUUCGCCAAGCGCGAAACUCAUAGCGCCAGCUCCCUGAACACCUACCGUAUCCUCGUGCCCCUCAGCUGGGCGCUAGUCGUCAUCGUCGGCAUCUAUUACUCCCUCCAUUCGCCAGACGACACCAAGAAAGGCAAGAAGCUCUGGAAGCAGGCGAACAAGCACAACACCCCAUUCAGUCAGAACACCACGGUGACCGGCGUUUACUGGAUUCUCCUUUUGCUCUCCCAGCUCAGCUACGUGUGGCACCUGUUCUCUAAGAACAAUGUUUUGGUCGCAGCCGCCGCCAAUGUGGCCACCCACUUCAUCUUGAACAAUCUGUUCCUCUUUGCCUGGAUCCUCCUGUGGACCCGGAAUCAUUUCUGGGGCGCCGAGAUCAUCCUGAUUGCCCACUUGAUCAACCAGACUGUCACUUACUGGCGCCACCGCGGCCUGCCCGCAUUCGUGCACCUUCCGGCAGUAGCCGGUCCCUACGCCUGGACUCUGACGGCACUGUUCUGGAAUGGCGCGGUCGCAGUUCACAGCCAUAACCUGCCUGGACGUAUCGUUGCCAACAUCUUCAUCUGGGUUAUUCUGGGAAUUGGCUUGUUUGACAUUGUCCUUCGCGAGGAUUACAUUUUGGGCUACUGUUUGAGUUUCUUGUCGCUGUCGCUGGCUCUGCGACAAUUCGCAAUCAAGAUCAUUGGCCUGCAGUGGAUCUUUGCCUUUGUCGUCUUUGGCGUGUUCCUUGUUGUCUCGCUCUACAUCUCGGCGACCAAGUCCACUGGCCGCGACAGUCUCUUCCGUCGCGUUGCACACCCCGAGUCUGCGGAUCGCGAGCGCGAGCCACUGCUUAACGAGGGGGUGUAA